AUGCGCGGCGAGUUCACCGCGCUUCUUGGCAAUCUCACAUGGGAGCUGGUCACAGAUGGCGAGGGUGUCAAGUCUCUCGCCCUGUUCCCCGCCAAGUUCCAAAAGAGAUUCUGGAUCAAGAACGGCAAUUUCGUGGCCAUCGAUGCUAAUGGGAGGGACGAGGGAAUAGAAUCUGGAAGCAAGAUAGCCUGUGUCGUGUCGCGAGUCCUCUUUCAUGACCAGGUUCGUGAGCUCGAGAAAUCUGGCGAAUGGCCAGCUAUCUUCAGGUCAACUCCCAAUGGGUGGGCGACAGGGCCUGAAGGAACGUCAUCACAGGUUGCGGAAGGGCAAAACUCCGAAGAAGAAGAUGAUGAUAUUCCUCCACUCGAGGCGAACACAAACCGAAAUAGGCCAUUCGACGUGCAUUCCGAUACAGAAAGUGACUCUAAUUCUUAA